GAUAUUCCAAUGUUCAGGCUAGCUAGCUACAUCACAACUGUGCAAGAGCCAAGACACUAACGAAAUAAGCCGCCGGGGAACGGCGAGAAAGUAUCUACAAGUUUUAACCUUUUUGUAUUUUUGAGUAAUUUGAUAUCUGUUGGAAAAUUAAGACAAUUUAACGUUAGAAGAUGGCUGUGAACGUUUACUCUACAUCUGUGACCGGCGACAACCUUAGUCGCCAUGAUAUGCUUUCUUGGAUCAACGAGUCUGUACAGAUGAACUACUCCAAGAUUGAGCAGUUGUGCUCAGGUGCUGCUUACUGUCAGUUCAUGGACAUGCUUUUCCCUGGAUGCAUACCAUUGAAGAAGGUUAAAUUCCAGGCCAAACUAGAGACUGAGUUCCUCCACAACUUCAAACUUCUACAGACCAGUUUUAAGAAGAUUGGGGUUGACAAGAUCAUUCCUGUUGAUAAAUUGAUAAAAGGCAAGUUCCAGGACAACUUUGAGUUUGUGCAGUGGUUCAAGAAAUUAUUUGAUGCCAACUACGAUGGGAAGGAGUAUGACCCGGUCAGUGCUCGCCAAGGCCAGGACACUGCUCCUACUCCCAACCCAGGGCAGGUCGCACCCAAGCCCAGGAAGCCCAGCACUGCUCCCAUGAGGUCUACAACAACGGUGACCAAACCCCCGCCCAAGUCAGCAGGGAGUGCCUUGCGUAGGCCCGGAGCAGCAGGGGAUGUGGAGAGGGAGGAGCUAUCCCAAGAGGUCAGUUCCCUGAAAGCCACUGUCCAGGACAUGGAGAAAGAGAGAGACUUUUAUUUUGGAAAGCUGAGGUCCAUUGAGGUCAUCUGCCAAGAAGUGGAUGGAGAGGCAGAUACAACUAUGCAGAAGAUUAUGGAUGUUCUAUAUGCCACUGAUGAGGGGUUUGUUAUUCCUGAUUCUGAUGCUGAAGGAGAAGAACCAGAAGAGUUCUGAUGAAAAAUGGACACAACUCUAGUCCAUGCCAUAAUCUCUCUCUCUCACACACACACACACACACACACACACACACACACACACACACACACACAGGUUAGUGAACACAUGUUUGCGUGUGCUCUAAAUGAACAUGCACUUACUCACACAUACUGCCACUGUGGAUUAAGUUGCCUUUGGAUCAUACACUGGCUGCCCCCUUGGUCCAAGUCUUUGUUGGUCCAAGUGUUUUUUGGACCAUAAUACUUUUCAGAGAGCCUGCUGAUCCAGCCGCCAGAGAAGAAGAACCCUGGAUGAAAUUCUAAUAGGGCCAUUCCUUUCUGGUUUCUUUUCUGCCUUGUUCUUAUUCUGGCCUCUGCUGUGCCUUUCAACUUUGGCCUGUUACUUUUGAAAUAUGUUCAGGUCUUCCUAUUCCUGAUUUCCAAUUGACCUAAACAAAACUGUACUAGGUGAUUUUGAUAUAUUUGCAAAUAUGAUUAAUUAUUAAAGAUAUAUGAAUAUGUUUACUCUGCCAAUGGAAAUUAUUGUAAUUUUUAUGGUAUGUUUACGCAUAUUCAUUAUACUUGAGUUCAAAUUUGUGGUUUAGGCGAUCAGCAUUUGUAUUUAGUUUCCUGUUUAUCUGGGGAGGUAUUCAUCACAUUACUUUUUUUGAAGUUAAAAAAGUAAUGUUUUAUUGAUAACCUUUAAAUAAAAUACUGUACUUUUUACUGAAAUGCUAAAUUAUAGACUCAUUCUGACAUUUGUGUGUUUGUAUGUAGGCUAGUUUUACAUUAGGUCGGUAGAUGCUAGUCUCUAUGUUCUAAUUUACUUCCUCAUGUAAGGCAAAGACCGGAUGUAUGGUUGCCUGUCCACACUGAAGAAAUACUUCCUUCUAGUCUACAAUAAGAGCAGAACUAUACGCUCUUAGCAGAAGAACUGAGAGCUGUCUUUUAGACCUCGGAAGUCUGUUUUAAACUUGGGAGCAAUAUAAGGUUUCCAUAAGCAUCUCUUGUCUUUAGAAAUAAAGUAUUGAUUGGAGAAAUUAAAUGUUUUUAGGUUGAAGGAAUAACUUGUUUUGACAAGUUUUAUGUUAUUAAAAACUCAAAUGUA